GACGGUUCGUGACCGGCCAGGGAUCUCAUGCGCAAAAGAACCGAGGCAAAGAUGGGAGCCAUUGAAGUGGGGCCCGAGUGCACUCACCUAGGCUUACCUUUUUGUUUAUCGCCACAGAUUCAGCACCUUCGCGCGCGCUUAGCGUACCACCGCAGAGUUCCUACUUCACCGAACGUAGCUCUUCCAGGUCAGACAAAUAUGCGCUACACUGCUGUUCUGCUUCUCGCAUUCGGUGCUCUCGCCGCAUAUGCCGCCCCCACUGGCCUGGAGACUGACAAUAUUAACUGUGACGUGAUCAAGCGUGACGCCAAUGGUGUUGUGGCACGCGAUAUCACAAGCUGCUUCUAAGCGGCCCCAAUGAAUCGUCGGAGGAGGUCGUAGUCUUCUGGGCUUGUAGCGUGCGCGUGAAUCUUUGUAACGC